AAAACACACAUCGCCGGAGAAACCCCGACAAAUGGCGGUGGAGGCGUCGCUGCAGCGAGAUACGGAGUCUCAAAUUCAAAACGCCAUCCGCUCUCGGCUCGCCCACUUCAAGAAACAAGCCAAUUCUAUGACAUUUGAGAGUGUGCUGAGGUUGUUAGAGAAUGACUUGGGGUUGAAGACUUUUGCAUUGGAUGUGCAUAAGGGCUUCAUCAAGCAGCAAUUACUUGAUAUCUUGAGGCAAGAUAUAGAGUUCCAAAUUAUAAAUGUCGUGCGCUCUCAGGCCACCCGUUUCUAUGAACAGGCCAAUUCUUUGACAUUUGAGAGUGCUAGGAGAUUGUUAGAGAAGGAUUUGGGGUUGGAGACUUUUGCAUUAGACAUACAUAAGAGGUUCAUCAAGCAACAAUUACUAAAGUGCUUAGAAGGUUCCUCCAAGAAUUCUGGUGAAAUAGUGGAAACGAAUGCAAGUACAACUGCAGAAGCAGCAGAAUCACAGGACGAAUGUCAAUCAAAGAAAGAAGUGAUGGAAUCUUGCUCUGAAGACAAAGAGAAAAUUAAAGACUCUUGUGAAGAAAUUAAAGAUGUUUCUGAGAACGAAAUAAAGGAAGUUAUCAGAAAAAGAGCCUCUUAUAUGGUAGCUAAUUUAGAUAAAGUUACAGUGGCUGGUGUUUUUCGGCUUUUGGAGGAAGAUAUGAAUCUUGAUAAAUAUACUCUUGACACAUAUAAGAAGUUCAUUUCCAAACAGUUAGCUGAGGUGUUAAAAUCUCAUGAAGUUUCUGAUCCUGCAAGUGAGGUGAAGAAGAAACUUAAGAAAGAUUUUCAGAGCACAGCAUCUAGAAAUUCCUGCAUCAAAGAGAGUACCAAUUCAUCGGAAAGUGAGAACGGUAAGGAAGAUGAGGACAGGAAGGAAGAGGAGGAAGAAGAAGAGAGAUUUGAAAGUGAAGUUGUUCCAAAAGGUAUGUAUAAGAACUCUGUAAGGCUUAAAAAACGGGAAAGACCUCAAAAGGAGACCAAGGCUCCAAGUAAGAAGAGAAUUAAGGCUGCUGAAAAAGUUUCAGAAUAUGGUAGUGAUGCAGAAGAAGAAAUCGGGGUUGUUUCUGAAGGUGGUCGGUUUCAGUCAUCUGCUGCAAAAGCAGUGAAGGACUUUGUUGAUUCUGGUUUCACGAUGCGGUCCUUGCAUGAGAAUGGUAGUCACAGUAAUUGUCUGUGGCAGAUUGAUGAGCUGAGGAAGGAGUGUGAGCGCCUGAGAUUAGAGAAUCAGAACCUCGCUAGUGAGAAUAGGCAAGUGAUGGAAGAGCGGCAUGAUAUUUCCACCUUCAUGAAGCUGAAGAACGAGGAACUGACCAGAGCUAUGGAGUUGGUGGAGAAGGCAAAGAGGGAGGCUGAGAAAGCCAAAGAAGAGGCAGCUAAAGAGCGGCAUGAGAUGUCCACCUUCAUAAACCUGAAAAAGAAGAAUGAGGAAAUGGCCAGGGCUAAGGAGCUUGCCGAGAAUGCAAAGGAGGAGGCUGAGAAAGCCAAGGAAGAGGUGGAGAGAGAGCGGCAUGAGAUGUCUGCCUUCAUGAAGUUGGAGAAUGAGGAACUGACCAGGGUUAAGGAGUUCGUAGAAAAAGCAAAGAGGGAGGCUGAGAAAGCCAAGGAAGCCCAGAAUGUGGCGGAGAAGAGUGCCACUCGCUUUAAGUCCAAGUUGGAUGACAUGCAGCAGCAUGUAGCUGAUCUCCAAAGACAGCUGGAUGAGGCACGAGCAUCAGCUUCUCGGGCAAUAGAUGAGUUCAGGGCCUCUAAGGCCUGCCAGGAACUCCUAGUGGAUCUCGCUGGUCCUUACAUGGAUGGUGGGUUCGAUAAUUUCCGAAUGCAAGCCAUCCGUGACUUCCCCAAGCUGAAACAGAUAUUUGAAGCGUACGAGCUUGAUAUUGACAUGGUAAUUGCAAGCCUGACAACAAGUGGUGGGUAGAGCAUCAGACUUUAGUUGCUGUUAGCCUGUUAGGGUACUGGUUGUGUACAGGACACAUGUAUUAGGAGAGACUAACCAGGAUACUCGAGGUAGGUUGAGCCUGGAAGAUGCAAGCCUUCUUCUGUUGAGGCCAUCCAUCAUCUAUCAACGUUGAUGCUCAAUUAUAUAUUGUUGUAAGGAUUUAUCUAAAAGACUAGUCUUUCUUUGUUCGUGGAUUCUGUAUGACUUUUGUUUCAUAGAUAAAAAUUUACUUUUUGU